GUAUGUUUACUUUCUGUUUCAAUAGGUAUUGACAAGCCACAAGACAAACCGGGUAAGAAAAAGGAUCCUGGGUUACAUAGACUAAAAUGAACUGAACUAAAUCAUGGAGGAGGAUUUCCCUUUCCACAGUACUUUAUUUGAUUACUUGUUGACUUUAUUGGGAUUGUUUCUUUAUCUGCUGGAUGUAUGUCUGGACAUUUGGACGGCUGUAUCAUUCUAUCAGGAUGGGGCCUAUGGGUAUUUGGCAGUGCUGAUCUUUCUGCUGCUGGGCUCUUCGGUGUUGUUACAGGUGUUCAGCUGGCUCUGGUACUCUGAUGUCUUGGAUAAGCUUGAAACUGGUGUGGAAAAAUGUGUAAACAGGCAUAGAUUAAUCAAACCAGUCCAUGUCCUACAACUUGGAGUCUGCUUCAGGUAUGCAGGGGUGGUGGAGAUUUCGACAUACAGCUUUCUCCGACAAACUGAUCAUUUCUCAGAGAACGUGGCUUUAUCCCUGAACUUUGAUCUCCAGAUGCUUCGACUAAUAGAGACGUUUUCCGAAAGUGCCCCACAACUCACACUUAUGAUCUCUAUAAUUGCACACAGAGGAAACCUGGAGCUCAUUACAGGAAUAAAAACCCUCGUAUCAGCUGCUGCAAUUGCCAGUAGUAUUGUCGCGUACCACCGCUGCAUGCGCGCAUUUCUUCCUGAACAACGCCAGCUGGGGUGGACCUCCUCGUUUGUCUACUUCCUGUGGAACUUGUUGCUGAUCAUUCCACGUGUAACCGCUCUGGCAUUCUUCUUCUCUGUACUGCCCUGUUACAUCAUUGCCCACUUCCUUUCUGUGUGGAUGCUGCUUGUUUUGGGGGCUUGGAGCCAGAAGACAGACUUCAUGGAAAAUCAGUAUUGGGAAUGGCUGUACAGAGCAGCAGUUGGACUCAUCUGGUACUUCAGCUGGUUAAAUGUAGCCAAAGAAAGAUCCAAGGAAAAGAGUAUUGUCUAUUAUGUCAUCAUGGGUCUGGACACAAUGGUGUUGCUGGGCUUGUGGUGCUGGAUGGUAGUAGAUCAAGCGGGCUGUUUGAACACCUUUGAUCCAUAUAUAGUGAUCCCUGUACUACUAGGUUUGUACAUUUUUGGAAUUGGACUGAGAAUGAUAUACUACAGAUGGCUCCAUCCUAAAUGUCUUGAAUCGGAAAUAGCUGAGCCACAUAAACCUGAGGAUAUGGGCCGAGAAGCAGCAUGUUAUAUGGUGGAAGACACAUCUCCUGAACCUGCACCUCCAACACAACCAAUCACUGGAGUUCACAAGAGAACGAGGACUAUGGCUGUCAAUUUCUUCUCAUAGAUCCUGGUUUAACAUUAGAAAGACUGUUACUUAUUCUCACACUA